AUGGCUCCUAUUCGACGAUACCUUCGCAUCAGCAAAUACUCGGUACUAGAGUGCCGUAUCUACCUGGAUGCUCCCUCUGAUUCACGAUGGCUCUUGAAUCCUCGCGAUCCAGUUCUUCCCCGCGUCAUCGCGGCCAUCCAACCCUUGGUUCUGCCCAAAUUGCGUGAAGAAAACCAGCGACUCUUCUCUCGCAAAAAGAGUAAACCAGUGAAGGAUGUUAUUGCCGAAGACGACUUCGAAGUAGCCAUUUUCCUCCGCGAAUCUCGCACCCGCCAUUCCAUCCUUACGCGAAACAAGACAUUCCACGGGCAUGGGACGCAGGAUAAAAAUCCGGACUCGGUGUCCGGGCCAGGAGAUGAUACAGAGAAUCCGACAGGCUCUACCAACGAUGAAAUCAUGAUUGAGAGUGAUAGUGAGCCGGAAGGAUUACACGACAUCCCCGAAUCUACCGGCGAUGAAGCACCAGCCAGCGCACGGCCGAAGAGGAAGUCUAAACUCAAGGCCGGCGGAGUUCAGCUUGAGGAGGACACGGGCACUGAUGAGAAGAAGCUUCGAUUCAGCACCCACUACGAAAGUUUCAAUAUCUGUGGAUGGGUUUUGUGUCUCUUGGUCACGCGCAAAGGGGGUAAAGCCAAGUCAAGUGCUGCAACAGCUGAAACUCCCCGGCAACCUUUGAUGGAGGAAUGGAUAUCAACUCAAGCCCAGGCAUCCGUAGAUGAUUAA